AUGGCUCCUUAUUUUCUUCGAAACCUGAUACCGCAGCGGGAGCAGAGGGAAUCGGCUCGGCCGCUGUUGACGGUGCUCGCGGGGUUAACAUGGGUUCAAUGGGCGCAUUUCUUUUCUGGGUAUGUUCCCAAGCCUUUUCUUGUUGUGCCACCCCGCAAUCGACCUGCCAAGUCGUCUCGAACGGGAUUUCUCCUUGCCAUUCAGGCCUCAGGGUGGUUGGCUUGGACUUGCGACGCGAUCGAUUUCUUCUCGGUGUCGCUCAGCAUCUCACAUUUGGAGGAUGAAUUCAAUAAAGAAGCGUCCGAAAUCACGACUGCUAUUACAUUAACGCUUCUCUUUCGCUCUGUGGGAGCUGUAGUCUUUGGUAUCACCUCAGAUCGGUUUGGUCGGAAAUGGCCACUCAUCGCCAAUAUGGUCUUGAUUGCGGUCCUCCAACUCGGCGCAGGCUUUGUGCAGACCUUCAAACAAUUCCUUGCCCUCCGUUCCUUGUUCGGUAUUGCCAUGGGCGGCGUUUGGGGUCUUGCUGCCUCCACGGCGCUCGAAAAUCUUCCUGUGGAAGCCCGUGGCCUGGCUAGCGGUGUCCUCCAACAAGGAUACGCUGUUGGUUACCUCCUUGCAGCCGUUAUCAACUUGACACUCGUACCAGAAGUCCCAGCGGGGUGGCGGGCGCUCUUCUGGACGGCAUCCGGUAUCUCGCUCUUUGCGGCAGGCGUGCGAGCACUCCUUCCAGAAAGUGCAGUCUUCCUUAGGGCGAAGGCAGCGGAACGAGCGAGAGGCACGACUACCGGAAACAAAACGCGGAUCUUCCUCCAUGAGACGAAGGAAAUGCUCAAACGGCACUGGCUGUUAUGCAUCUAUGCCGUCCUACUCAUGACAGGGUUCAAUUUCUUGUCUCACGGCUCUCAAGACCUCUAUCCCACGUAUCUUCAGCAGUCGAAGGGUAUCUCGGCACACAAUGCCACGGUGGCCACCAUCAUUGGGAAUUGUGGAGCUAUAGCUGGCGGCGCUAUCGCCGGAUGGGUCAGUCAAUACAUUGGUCGACGAUUGACUAUCAUACUUUUCGUAGUCCUUAUCGGAGCAUUUAUCCCAUUGUGGAUCAUCCCUUCCACGUUCGGUGGUCUCGCCGCAGGAGCAUUUUGUAUUCAGUUCGGCGUGCAGGGGGCAUGGGGUGUCAUCCCCAUCCAAUUAGCAGAGAUGUCUCCCCCAGCGUUCCGCGCCACUUUCCCCGGCGUAGCGUACCAACUAGGAAAUAUGGUAUCCUCCGCUUCUGCUCAGAUUGAAGCCACUGGUGGUGAAAACCUCCGGACUACUAUAAUUAAGAAUGGCGUACCCACAGACGUCCCGGAUUAUGCUACGGUGCAAGGAAUCCUGAUCGGCGUGGUGGCUGCCUUCGUGAUAAUAAUAACCAUUAUCGGGCCCGAGAAACAUGGAUCUCACUUCGAGAAACAUAAGACAGCGUUCGAAGAGGGAGGUGGUGCCGACGCUAUUGCUGAAGAAGAGCAGAGUCGCGAGGAUUCUGCUGGAUCAAGAGUAGGAUCAUUAAAUGAGAAAGAUGACGCAGAGAAGGUUUGA